AUAAAAUUAAAAAUAAUGUUUGGUGUGUUGAACGUGAUGAGAAAUUUCGCAACUAAAGCCGUCAGUCGCAAGAAGAAAAGAAGUUUAGUCAAAUCAAAGACGUUGUAUGCGAAAAAAAUUAAAACCAGCACGCUGCCAAUUUAUGACUACCCAAGGAGUAGACCAACGGAUUACAGAAUCUACUCUUGGGGUUUGCAAGAACAUGGAGCCUUGGGUGUUGAUAAAAAAAUCUCCUUUGCUGACAAUGGUACACCUUAUGCCGGAGUUCCGCACAGAUUGAGUUUUGGGGAAUUCCGCAGGGUGAAGGAUGUCGCCUGUGGCUAUGGUUUUACAGCAUUUGCUCUCAAAACUGGAAACAGCAAGAUUGUCUUUGGCUGUGGAAUAAACUCGGACUCACAAUUAGGCUACAAUCUCAAAGAUGAAAAGUUAAAAGUGCCAAUAAUCAAAGAACCAAGGCCCAUACAUAUUCCUAUAAAGGGAAAUACCACCAAGGUUCUGGGACUUGCUGCUGGUAGAGCUCAUUUGCUUGUCUUGACUGAGGAGGGAUUAUACGCCUUGGGGAACAAUGGUUAUGGACAGUGUGGUAGGCCAAUUAUUAGUAACGAGAAUUAUCUGCACAGCAAGGCCGUUAGUUACAUUCCAGAUGUAAGAGGUGAUAAGAUCACUGGUGUAUAUGCCGGACAAGAUCAUAGCAUGGUCUUGACUGAAAAAGGAGAAGUGUAUGCAUUUGGCUGGGGUGCUGAUGGUCAGACUGGUUUGGGACACUAUAACAAUGAGUACAAACCCUCAGCUGUCAAGGGAGCCAUUCAGGGGCAGAAAAUCAUAAAGCUAGCUUGUACAGCAGAUUGCGUUCUUGCACUUUCAGACCAAGGCAAAGUGUUUGGCUGGGGAAACUCGGAAUACAGGCAGUUACCAGCUUUAGGGCACAAUCAGCAAAUUAAUCUAGCCAUUGAAGUAAAAGCAUGUAACAGCUUGGGCGAAAUAGUAGAUAUAGCUGCAGGAGGAAGUUUUUGUAUGGCAUUGAACAGCCAAGGAGAAGUUUUCGUCUGGGGCUUUGGUAUUCUUGGUCUUGGUCCCGAUGUCCAAAGCAUUACACAACCAACUCUCAUUCCCAAAACUCUGUUUGGCGCAAACCCAUACGAGCCCAAUUCAAAAGUUGUCAAAAUAUUCUGUGGAGUCAGUCAAUUAGGAGCAAUUACAAAUUAUGGACAUCUUUACAUGUGGGGACGAAAUAAAUUCGGGACCCUCGGGAUCGGAAGCAGAAACGAUCAAUAUUUUCCACUGAGAGUAUCAAUCGGUGCACUGGUGCAAAAAGCCUGCUGUGGAGUUGAUCACAUGGUAGCCCUUUGUAAGCCGUUUAUUUAAACAAAUAUAA